AUGAGUCCGUCGAUCCGCCGCAACCGUUCCCACUUACCUAAUAAUCAGCGUUCCGAGCUGGAAUGGUCGAAUUCGAAUUCCACCGCCAACUUGUUCCUGGGCGGUGUCGCUGUGCGGAGAUCGUGGAUGUUGGAUGCUUCAUCUCAAUCUUCAUCAUCUUCGGCGCCAGCCCCUGUCGCGGUUGCUGCUACUACUGUUACUACACAUCAUAAUUCUCCUCCCUCGUCUUCCCCUGUUACUUCAGCCCCGACUUCUGCCUCUGCUGCCGCAGUUGUUGAUGAGUCUGGUGGUCGCCCCCAAGGCAUGCAAAAUUUCCCUUCGCCUUCCGUCUCAGUCUUCUCUCGAGUUCAGCAGGAUAGAACGGAGAAAAACAAUAAUGUCGCCGCCACCCUUGCUAGUACUGCCCCUGCUGCUACUGCCACCACAACCGCUGCCCUUACCUCCACACCAGUCUGGAUGUCCCCCGUGACCCCAGGGGACAACGCUCACCAACUCCCAUCUCCGUCUUUCAACUCGCUUUUACCCCCCGUAACUUCUGCGGCAUCUCCAACCAUCGCCAGUGGUUUCAUUCCUCCAAACAGAGGGUCCAUUGCCGCGUUUGAUGCGUCUCAACCGUCGCAGGCUUCGUCACUACCGUCUCCGGACCCAAGCACUGGUUCUCACCCCAGUCCGGCCAGCAUUGGAGAUCGAAAUGACGCGCGUCUAUCCCAGAGCAUCCUUCCUUCACCUCCACCAGCACCCGGCCCGAUGCAGAUACAGACAGAGCUGCAAUCCAACGUAUUUCAAGUUAGAGGCACAAUGCCCGUAAGUGCGUCGCCGCCGGCAUCCAGCAGAGGAAGAAAGACUGCGGCGCCAGCGCUUGCUCAAGGCGGGCAGAGGCCGCAGGUGAAUGCUACUUACCCGCAGGCCCCGGUUCAUGCAAACUCAGGGCAACCAACAUUCCAGGUAGCAACGGCCCCUUCUCCAGUUGCACCGGGUUCUGUUUCGGCAAGCCCAGCCAGCCCACCUACCUCAACCUCCUUCUUCGAUCAAGCCUUCUGGACGCAAUCGCAGAUGACCCUGCGCGCCUUUGUUAUGGGAACUCACGGGACAAUGAUGCUAUCAGAGACGGUGGAACAACCUCGGAUCCGUCUUCUACGGGAUGCCUGUAACUCUCAGGAUCUGCUUUACUUGAUCCUUCAUCAGAUAUACUGUUUGCACACCUUUGCCCCCUCAGAGUUCGCGCGCUUGCCACAUCUGACCAGGCAGCAUUCGGCCGGGUUUGAUGUUCUCAAGCAGCUCUUGGUGGACAAUCAUCGAUUAUCCGGAGAUUUUCUGCGGUGGAGCGUCUAUUUUCCUCGACCACUUGGAGUAAUGCUUCAGACCCCCGAGUUCAGUAAAGCUCUCCACCAGAUCGCGAACUGCUUGGUUCUCCUCUCGGAAAGGUGGGCGGCAUAUGAUCGCCACGUGCGGGAGCGCGCCUACCCCCCUCUAAUUGAUGAGCUUGUCAUGCAAUUCGGCCUCACAUCGACCGUCCUGUUAUCAAUUGUAUAUCUGGCUAUGUCUCGAAGGAUCUAUGGGACCCAGAAUGAAGAGCGCUUGCGAGGUUUAUUCGAGAAAAACAAGCAGAAUUACUUCAGGCGUUUCACAACCAGAGUGACCCUGGAGCAGAUGAACCGUGAGAACGAGUAUUUAAUUCGAGCAUAUAAAUCCCUUUCCCGGCCUCAGACAUCGCCGACUGGUCAGCAUGCUCCCCCGACUGCAGGAGGACAGGCUGCAACCCAGCCUUUCCAUUCUCACUCAAGACAGCAUUCUUUCUCCAGCACCAAUAAUCGCACCGCCUCUAUCGCGGGACGGAGCCCUCAAAUGCGCCCCUCACAAGUGGCGCUUCUGACAUCAGGGGUACCACCACAAAGCCCGGCGUCCGCUCUUCUGUCUCGCUUUCCUCUGACUAACGCUUCUGGCGGAGAAAGUCAAAUACCCUACCCUGGUCUCAGGCGAUCUGGGAUCCCUUAUUCUCAGCUACCUUCACAGAUGGGAGGCGUUCCUGCUCCAAGGACGACCGCCCCUCUGUCCGCGCCGCCCGUGCUAAAUAAUCACCCGGCUUCCCACCGCCCGUUAUCGCCGCGGCCCGAUCUGCAGCAACCCGACUAUAAUUCACCCCACCAAGUGGCGACCUCGCAGUCGCUCGGUAUAAGUCCCAGCUCUCCAGCGGUCUUUUCUGCGCCGGCAGCAUAUCCACCGCCUGUUCCACCUGUUCCCUCCCAGCAGCCCGUCCACCAGAAUCUGCCUGAACAUCACGCCUCUACAAUUUCAGCUAGACCUCCUAUCCAGCACCCUGCCACCCAGAGACAGGGACAAGUUCAGCAGCCGCAACAAGUUCGACAGACUGAACAAAUACAACAGGUACAGCAGGCACCACAACCCCUGCAGCCACCGCAGUCUGGUCCGGCUUCCAACCUGCUUCUUCCUCCAGCAGGUUCCUUGCCGACGAACACAGCCCGAUUCCAUCCACUUCGAGUUGCAGUCCAUCAAGCACAUCUUCGAGAUCCCACCAUAAAGUGGAUCCCUUCACAACCUGCGAGUGAGAAGGAUUCAAGUCUGUUUCAAUUCUCGAAGUCAUUCGUGGUACCACCCACUUCCCUGGGAAAGACAGAAUCCGCUUUUGAAUGGCAAUUCACUCUUACCAAAGCUGAUCUUGAGCGGCUUCCCCAAGUUCAUUCUCGUGGUAGCGCCCAGCGCUCUGAACGUACCUUGGUGGCCGGUAGCCAAUUAUACCGUCUGCGGUGUAUACGGAUUUCUCCGUCUGUAAACGAGUUGACCCAGCAUACCUGGUGUGCCACAGAUUCUGUCUGGCCCAGUGCCAUGUACAUCUUCGUGAAUGGCACAGAACUCUUUGUUCGCCGCAAAUUUCACAACGGCAAGGACAUACCCUUGGACAUCACGGAUCAUCUGCGGGAAGGCUUGAACACUAUCUCUCUGCAUUUCAUUCGCAGUGCCGCUGAAUGUAAUGACUUGGUUUAUGCCCUGGCGGUGGAGGUCAUGGACAUUUUAGGAUUCACUCAGGUGAAGAAGCUUGCUCGAUCCCUCCCCGCUUCAGAUUCACGCGAACGGAUUCAAAAACGCCUGUCGUCUACUACGGCUGAUGACGAACUGAGCAUAGUCAGUGAUUACAUCACCGUCAACCUUGUAGAUCCGUUCAUGGCACGCAUAUUUAAUAUCCCUGCUCGUGGAAGUAUCUGCGAGCAUUUCGAAUGCUUUGAUUUCGAGACAUACAUCGUGACCAGAGCCUCGAAGGCUGGGAAAACGGGUUUGAAGGAGAAUUGGAAGUGCCCGAUCUGUGGCGCAGAUGCUCGUCCGCAAAACCUGGUCAUCGAUGGCUUUCUGGCCAAUAUCCAUGAAGAACUGCAGCGCACGAAUCGGCUCGAUAAUGCGAGGGCAAUCAACAUCAGGGCGGAUGGAUCGUGGGAGCUGAAAGCUGAUGGGGAAGACACGUCGGAAAGAGGCAUCAAAAAGACGCCUAAUUUCCCGUCGUUAAAACGCAAACGCGACGGUCCUGUCACAUCCCCACUAGCGCAGAGACCGAAGACCGAGAGUGUCGGUCGAGAGUCGCUUGCUUCCCGCGAAUCGGCAACAUCCCGGGUCAUCGAACUCGAUUGA